AAAACAAGACGUAGAAUGGCCGAUGAGCUUGUUUCCGUCACUAAUGGGAUUGUGCUGCUGUGAUUUGUCGGACCGGAGGGAAGGUUGAUCCACACACGCUCGGUUGGUGCAGCAUCGCGGUGCGCGCUCGGGGAUGAUCAGGAUCUUCCCGGAUUUCAGUGUUCAGGUGACGGCGGCGGCGGCUGCAGGUGCGGGAGCCGGUGGAGGGAUGCCGGCUGCGUCCAGACUCCCGGUAGCUAACGGGAACCCGCAAAACGUCCAAGGCUUGACGUCUUACCAACAAAGCGAGCCAUACUGGGAGAGGUCUGCUAAUGCAAGCUCCUGCUCCGCCACUAGGCCCAAGACACUCCACCUUGGAGGGCAACAACAUACCUCAUCACCAUGGUUGCAGGCUCUGAGGAAGGAGAAGUCACGUGACGCCGCUCGCUCGCGCCGGGGGAAGGAAAACUUCGAGUUCUAUGAGCUGGCAAAGAUGCUUCCACUCCCCGGCGCCAUCACCAGCCAGCUGGACAAGGCCUCCAUCAUCCGCCUCACCAUCAGCUACCUUAAGAUGAGGGACUUUGCCAACCAGGGGGACCCGCCGUGGAACCUGCGCGUCGAAGGACCGCCGCCCAACACCUCAGUCAAAGCUAUCGGGUCCCAGCGGAGGCGGAGCCCCAGCGCUGUUGCCGCGGAGAUCUUUGAGCCUCACCUUGGCAGCCACAUCCUGCAGUCCCUGGAUGGAUUUAUAUUUGCACUAAACAAGGAGGGGAGGUUUUUGUACAUCUCAGAGACGGUGUCCAUAUACCUGGGGCUUUCACAGGUAGAGCUGACGGGCAGCAGUGUGUUUGAUUACGUUCACCCGGGCGAUCAUGUGGAGAUGGCCGAGCAGCUGGGCAUGAAGCUUCCGCCGGGCAGAGGGCUGCUGUCUCAGGGCGGCGGGGCCGAGGACGGGGCCAGCUCUGCCUCUUCUUCCUCUCACUCUGAGACACCUGAGCCAGUGGAGUCGAACAGCCCUAGUCUUCUGUCGCCGGAUAACAUUCUAGAACGUUCCUUCUUCAUCCGUAUGAAGUCCACACUCACCAAGAGAGGCGUCCACAUCAAGUCCUCUGGAUACAAGGUUAUCCACAUUACCGGCAGGCUGCGGAUAAGAAUGGCAUUAACACACAGUCGUUCGGUACCCAAUCAAAUCAUGGGCAUGGUUGUGGUGGCACACGCACUUCCUCCGCCAACCAUCAAUGAGGUUCGGAUUGACUGCCAGAUGUUUGUUACACGGGUCAACAUGGAUCUCAACAUCAUCUACUGUGAAAACAGAAUCAGCGAUUACAUGGACCUGACACCUGUUAUACACAUUACCGGCAGGCUGCGGAUAAGAAUGGCAUUAACACACAGUCGUUCGGUACCCAAUCAAAUCAUGGGCAUGGUUGUGAUGGCACACGCACUUCCUCCACCAACCAUCAAUGAGGUUCGGAUCGACUGCCAGAUGUUUGUUACACGGGUCAACAUGGAUCUCAACAUCAUCUACUGUGAAAACAGAGAAGGACUGCACAGAGUGAUGAAUAAAGGUCAGUGUGUGACAAAGUAUUACCGCUGGAUUCAGAAAAAUGGAGGUUAUAUCUGGAUCCAGUCCAGUGCCACUAUUGCAAUCAACGCCAAGAACGGCAACGAGAAAAACAUAAUCUGGGUCAACUAUGUACUCAGUAAUCCAGAGUACAAAGACACACCCAUGGAUAUCGCACAACUGCCUAACCUGCCAGAGAAAGCAUCAGAGUCCUCAGAAACAUCUGAUUCUGAAUCCGACUCCAAGGAGAACUCUGAAGACAACGAAAACUCCAAGUCAGAUGGUAAGGGCAAUCAGUCUUCCGAGAACAGUGAAGAUCCAGAGUCAGACAGUAAGAAACAGACGGGCCGGCCACCAGAGCAAGAAAUGAGACGACAGGAGGAAGGAGACAGUUCCAGCAAUCCAGAAAGUCAGGACAGUGAUGAUAGUCUGGAACCUUCUGACUGUGAAACUGACCACAAGGAGUGCCGCCUGGGUGGUUUACAUAUAAAGGUGGAGCGCUAUGGUGACGGUGAGGUGGAGGAACUGCAGGACUCGCCCUCCUCUUGCUCCUCCUCAGAAGAAGAGGAUGAGGUGGAAGAUAUUGUAAAUAACUGCAACAGUGGAGGAGAGCUGAGCGGGCCAGCAAUGAGUAAACACCAGAAGAGAAAGAAGAGGAGAAAAAAGCAGAAAUGGGAUGGUAGUCGGCAACGUCUCUGUCUGUCUCCCUUGGCGGCUGCUACCCCCAGCCCUGGCAGCCUGGACCCCGCCCUUGGAGACCAGCCUCCCCUCCUGCUUCCACCCUCCCCAACCAGUUCCUCUGUGCUGAAGAUCAAGACUGAGAUGUCAGAAACUAUAAACUUCGACAACGACAGCAGCAUCUGGAACUACCCACCCAACCGAGAGAUCUCCCGCAACGAGUCCCCCUACAGUAUGACAAAACCCCACAACACCUUCCCUUCUCCCCCGCCUGCCGGCCUGCAGGUGUCCAUCCCGGACUCUGUCCUCACUCCACCUGGUGCCGAGUGUGGAGGAAGCAGCAGAAAGCCCAACUUCAAUGGCAACAGUAGCAGCGGCAACAGUGCCCCUACCUCUGUGUCCAGUGCAACUCCGGGCAGCUUGGUUCCUCAUUCCAGUUCCACCACCACUGACCCGCUCUCCCCACCUCUCUCGGCCUCACCACGGGACAAGCAGCAGGGUACACCCACCUCCUCUGGUUCCCUGCUCUACACCAGUGACCUGGAAGCCCUGCAGAGGUUACAAGCGGGGAACGUGGUACUUCCAUUGGUGCACAGAGUCACAGGCACGCUUGCUGCCACAAGCACUGCUUCCCCGCGAGUCUACACCACUGGAACUAUCCGAUAUGCCCCGGCAGAUGUCAGCCUGGCCAUGCAGGGCAACCUCCUGCCUAAUGCCCACACUGCUGUGAACUUUGUGGAUGGGCCCGGCUUUGGCAUAGACCCCAAGACGCCCAUGGAGAUGCUGUACCAUCACGUGCACCGACUCAACAUGUCCACCCCCUUUGGGGGUGCGGUCAGCGGAGCCGGCCUCACGCAGAUGCCAGCUGCUAAUGUCUUCACCACAGCAGAGGGACUUUUCUCCACGCUUCCGUUUCCCGUCUACAGCAAUGGCAUCCACAACACACAGACUCUGGAGCGCAAGGAGGAUUGAGGCAAAACAUUGAGACCAUAUUACUGUGUUCAACUGUGUUAAAAAGACUCUUCUGAGGCAAAAGACUGUGUAUCAAAGUUGGGGAAAAGUGAGAUGUUCUAGCACUUUGAAUUUUGAGCAAUUGAGCUUGUGUAACUGAAAUGAAUGGUUUCUCUUCCUGUGUCUUUCUAUCUCUUCGACUUUCUUCUUUCUCGCCUCCUUACACAAGUUCUUAAUGACGGUUUCCCUAAACAGACUCAUCUCUAUUGUAAAGAGUUCCUUUUGAGCCACAGGGAAUUCAUAGCACUGUAGCGUAUGUUUUCUCUGUGGUGAGAUAUUUGUCCAGAGUAUGUAACAUCCUCAUUAGGAUGUCUUAAAGGUAUUAGAAAAAGAAAAUCGACAAGAAAGGAGACUGUUCAUGUUUCUAAAGGUAUCUUGAUGUAAUUGAGAUUGAUGCUGACAAAAGGAUUUUACCCUGUUUGAUGUAGUUCAAAGGGUUUUAUGGUUCUUUCUAAAGGGGGAAUAAUAUUUUAGAAAUAAUGCUUUUUCUUCGUUUUUUAUAGCUCAACAUAACUUGCAAAUCAUGCAUUUUAAAAAAGCAAUUUUAGCCGGGUAUUGACCUGUGAAUAGAAUGUUACUAUAAAAUCCCAGGACAUGGAACAGGUCAGUGUGAGAUUUUUCCAGUUCCAUCUUCUGUUUGCAGAUCCAUGGUGCUAUCCCUCACUCAGCUGGCUGAUGUAGGUACUGUUCCGGAACUCCAGACAAACGGCGGCUUCAGAGCUUUUCCACAGAAAAGUCAAACCUUCAACAAACUUUUUUCUUUUUUUUUGUUUUAUGUUCAUCACUUACCCAUGAGCACGGGGAGAGUAUUUUAACUCAAUCAGAUUGAGUUUGGAAAGGGAUACAAAAAAAAUUUGUUAGUUUUAUUGUUUGUUUUGAUUUUUGAAUUCUUUUUUAUCUCUCAGUGCAACUGAGACUAAUUUUGCAUCAUAAACUUGAAGAUGAAUGUUAAACUCCAACAGGCUUUGGUCAAAGCUGUUCUUAA